AUGGUAGUGACUGCGCCGGUGGCGGCAGCGAAGGCGCAGGCGGCGGUUGGGGGCUCCCGCGCGGCCGCCCUAAAUAAUCCAGUGGACGCGGGCAGAAGGCGGAGCUUCCGCGUCACGUGUUCCAAUCCGCGACGAUAUUACUCCUUAUUAGGCCGCGCGCGGACGUGCGUCGCACUUGGCGGCGAGAGCCAGCGCGUGACGGCAGUCCAGCGGGACGCAAUGAGGCUGCAACAGCGGCGGCAGCCGAUGAUCGGACGAGUUCGGAGACGACAGGCGGACGAAGGGUUGUGGAAGGUCCCUUCAACUGCUCAGGCCCACGAGUAUUGAUCCACUGAAUAGCUACUAGCGAUAAUUAUUAAAGAGAAAUUGUGGAAGCUGCACAGCUGGUAAACCGGUGAACUCCGAGAGAUUGGUUUGUCCACCUCGAAUUCUAAAUAAAAUGAUCGGUGAUCGAACCCUACGAUGGAAGUAGUAAACACUAAUCACUACGUCUCGAAUCUUCCUGGUGUUGGCGGCAGAAAAUAGUGUGAAUUGUUGGUGAGGAGUGGUAGUAGAAGUGGCGAUCGUGAUGAUGAAUUCAGCUGUGUGAUUAAAGGGUACUAGUGAAAUUGAUAUAAUGCUAUUUGUGAAAGUAAUGAUAAUGAAGGUUGAGCAGGUGGCAAUGAUCCUAAGGACACAUAACAAUGAGGGAGAUGGAAUGUGCAGUGGUGACAGAAACACCUUACUUGCCCCAAAGCUGCACUAAUUCAUUGUCCGAAUGUUGGUGAUGAUCUGUAAUCGAUAGGGAUAGCGAUGGUUGAGUUUGUAAUCGUAGAAAUAAUUUGUGGUACUAUAAUACCGCUUACUUUCUGGCCCGUACUUUCAUGCAAAAUUACGUUAAAGUACUCAAAUUUUCGGAAAAUGAACCUGACUUUAUUUCAAAACCUAUCUUUAAGGAAUAGAUUUCAAUAAGGGAAAAAUCUCUCUUCAUAAUCGUAGUUGUGAGAAGACGCCGAAAACAUGUUUAUUUUUUUCUAAUUUUCCAAAACCCAGAGGUGUGAUUUUUCAGUGUUUGUGAUUUAACCAUGAUAAACACUCAUAACGUUUUGAGAGAUCUUUCUGAUAUAUAACUGAAAUAAUUAACGCUUCUUUAAUAGAUAAUUUUUAACAAGGAAAUCAACAAUUUUAAAAUUUAGUAUAAACUAUUGUCAAUAUUAAAAUAAUAAUCCUAUUACAUUUCAGGUACUACCUUUAAUGACCUUGAGGUAAGAAAUGAACAGCAUUGAACUGGUUUAUCGAAUGUCAUAUUUUUGAAGGAUUAAAA